AUGCGUUUCUCCGCCGUCUUUGUCGGCAUGGCCGCCAUCGCCACCGCGACCAUCACAGCCGCCGCCCCAACCGCCACAACCACCAAGACCACCAGAACCACCAGAACCACCACAUCCACCACAACUCCCACGCCCACCUCAACCAUGACGCCGGCUAGCAACCAGACCCUGACCGCCCUCAACUACGCCCUGUCCCUCGAGCACCUCGGAGCCGAAUUCUACAAACAGGGCCUCGCGAAAUUCAACGCAAGCGACUUCACCAACGGCGGUUUUCACGAUAAUGUCCGCAAUCGCUUCGUCCAAAUUGGCGACCACGAGAGCGAGCACGUCUCGAUCUUAACCUCGGCCAUCACGUCCAUGAAUGGUACCGCUGUCCCCGCCUGUAACUACACCUUCCCUAUGGACAACUUGACCCAGUUCCUCAGCGCCGCUCAAGCCAUUGAGAAUACGGGUGUCUCGGCCUACCUCGGUGCCGCUUCUAGUCUCAGAGGCAGCUACUUGUCCACCAUGGCGUCGAUCGCAACCGUCGAAGGCCGCCACGCCUCAUACGUGAAUGAACUCUUGGGUGAAUCCGGCAUCCCCUAUGCCUUCGAUACCGCCCUCGGACGCCGCGAAGUCGCCACCCUCGCGACUAACUUUGUCUCUUCCUGCCCUUACAACAUGACUAUCAAGCCCUUCAACCAAUUGAAUGCCACUUUCCCUGCCCCCGGUUCCAACUCAACCAUGGUCACCACAUCCUUCGAGGGUGGCGAUACCAAUAUGAACACGACCUUCUGCCAGUUCUUGUUCGGCAACAAUGUCACCGUCAGCCCCCGCACCGAGUGUGACCUCCCCGCGAACGCCACUGGGUAUGUCUUUGUCCUCGUCACUAAGAACAGGAUCCCCGUCAGCUUGACCAGGGACUCUAAUGUCCUUGCUGGUCCCGCCCUCUUCUUCAACAACGGCACCAUCCCCGCUGGCAAUGACACCCAGACCAAUGGUACCCAAACCUAA